AUAUUAGCGGUAUCAUACCGAGCAGAAGAAAUGGAAAAAGAAUUAACAGAACAAGUUUCAAAACUGGGUGUUUCCCUAACAUUUUCUCAUGAGACUGAACCACUGGGAACAGCAGGACCACUGGCACUUGCCAGGGAACUGCUCAGCACCAGUUCGGAACCAUUCUUUGUAUUGAACUCUGAUGUAAUUUGUGAGUUUCCAUUUAAAGAACUUGCAAGAUAUCACAAGAAUCAUGGGAAGGAAGGUACAAUAGUGGUUACAAAAGUAGAAGAGCCAUCCAAAUAUGGUGUGGUUGUUUAUGAUGAUAAUGGUCAAAUAGAAAGUUUUAUAGAAAAACCACAAGAAUUUAUCUCAAACAAAAUUAAUGCCGGCAUGUAUUUAUUAAACCCAUCGGUCUUAAGCAGAAUAGAAUUAAGACCAAUGUCAAUUGAGAAGGAAGUUUUCCCAUUUAUGGCAAAAGAUGGUGAAUUGCAUGCAAUGGAACUGCAAGGUUUCUGGAUGGAUGUUGGACAACCAAAAGACUUUCUAACAGGCAUGUGUUUGUACUUAACAAGCUUACGUCAAAAGAAUUCAAACGAAUUGUAUGACGGAACUGGUGUCGUAGGCAAUGUGAUUGUUGAUCCGACAGCUAAAAUUGGCAAAGGCUGUAGGAUAGGGCCUAACGUUACCAUCGGACCUGAUGUUGUCGUGGAAGAUGGUGCAUGUAUAAAGCGUAGUACAAUCCUCCGAGGUGCGUGCGUAAGACAACAUGCAUGGCUCGACGGUUGUAUAGUUGGCUGGAGGUCAGUGGUCGGUCGCUGGGUGCGCAUGGAGAACUGUACCGUACUAGGCGAAGACGUCAUAGUCAAAGACGAGCUAUACGUUAACGGAGGACAAGUACUACCGCACAAGUCGAUAGCGUUAUCUGUACCGGAACCACAGAUAAUAAUGUGAAGACUGUUUACUGUUAUUUAAAUAUGUACAUCACAAAUAAUAACUGGUUUGUGUCAGGGUAGACAUAACUACUCCGAAAUAAUAAGAAUACAAAUGUAUUUAUGGCAUUUUAUGGCAAAACUAAAUAAAUUGUAUAUCCAUUGAAUGUUAAGUUUCUCGGAGUUGUCAUGUUUAAACACUCUUUUUUUUUUAUAUCAAAAAUUUAUUAUAUACGGUGCAAUAUUACGUAAUACAAAUAUUAUUAUUAAUAAUAGCAAUAAUUUAUUGAGUAUACUCACUAUAUGAAAAAUUAUUAAAAUACCAGUUUUUGAGUUGCUCAACUAACAACGACGAUAAUUUGUUUUUCGAUCUGUGAGCGCUAGUAGCUCAAUAAUAUGGAGAUAUGCCACUCUAUCGUUCAGAGUAUCCACCACUUGUUCUCAAACUUCCAAGUUAUAAAAUGUAAUGUCAGGUGCUGUCGGGUGGGAACCUGACAGCAAGUGUUGACAAAAUGACAUUAAAAGUACAACUCAUUAUGUAGGGGAAUACUAGCUUGUCAGGCGUCAGACCCUCCAAGACCAGAUUUUAUAGUUUUAUUAUAGAAUUAAAGAGAUUAAUUUGCAAAAAAAAAACACAAUCGGUCUCUGUCAAGCUGUCAGAAACAAUAAUAUUUUGGUAUGAUAUUUCAUAUUUUUUAGCUAAUAUUGUUUAUAAGUAUGUUACUGAUUAGAAAUUUUGGUACUUACGUAUUAACGCCACUGCGGCAAGAAUUCGGUUAAACUUUCCUUUAUGGUCCGUCGAUUUUGGGUCGGGGUGGGGGGGGGGGUUAAGGGUUUACCCCCUGCACCAUUCCCACGCCGCGGAACCCCAUGGUUAUGAAGAUACCCACGGUAAAUUUUUUUGAUUAAAAUUGCAUUAUUUAGUCAAAUUCGAAGGGAGCUUUAGUUUGAAUCCGCCUUAUCUCCGGCGCUGCGGGAAGAGCAGCCCUUCCGCCCUUGCGUGCCGAAGCACGGUCACACGUGCUCCGUCACAGCGGGCGAGGACUACUCUCCCUCCGCGCCUCCGGCUUUUUAUAUACACUCUAGGGGUAGGGCAGACAAGACCAGGUGGAAAGUGGGGUGCUCUGAUUCGCUUUUCCAUAUUUUUCGAGUUGUCCACACUUGCUAACCAUUAAAUUUUUGCCGCGGUGGCGUUAAUACGUAAGUACCGAAAUUUGUUUAAUGUACUAUGGUAUAUCCUAUUUUGAAUAUCUCAGUUUCUUUUACUAAUGUUUUUACAUAUUUUAUUAUUCUUAUUUCUAUAUUGAACCAAAUUAAUAAUAGGCCAAUUAAAAUUUAAUGAAGUAGUUGAUGGUACUUACUUAAUUUUAUUAAUGUAAUAAGAGAUCGUAUCUAUGAGUACUUUUAAUACCAGUGCAGAAUUUUUAGUGUGUGUGUUUGUUUCUUAAGUCGAUUUUUUUUUUACAAUGUCGGUUGAAAAUGCAUUUUCUAUAGUGAUUUAAAAUGUUUCCAAAUAACGAUAAUAUUUUAGACAAUAAUUAUUAAAAAGCAUUUUAUAAUAAUACAAUGAAUAUGCAAACUAGUUUAGCAAAGGGUUUUUUUUUUAAGACCUCAUUGUCUAAAGAAAAAGCUCGCACAUUUAGUUAUAGAUAUUUGUUUUAUAAAAGACAUAUUAUUAUUUUAUUUACAUACUUAUUUUACGAACCAAAUUGAGGACUCAUGCGAUCCGCUUGUUUAAGAGUUUUCUAAUAUAUUACGACCCACUUGGUGUAUAUUAGUGAUGUGUGAUUGUUUAUAUAUUUAUUAAAAUGAAACGUAUUGCUGUUGUACUGUAGGUAAACGCCAGUCCGAGUACUUAGUUCGAGUUCUUUAACGUUCUCCAUAUCGUAAAACUUAACUCAAAGUUGGAUGCAGUUGGAACAGCGCCCCUAGCGGCAAACGUAGGCAAAUGUUCAAGCUCCAUACAAGUUUGAGAUAACUUUUACGCUAUCGAGAACAUUAAAAAACUCGCACUAAGCACACUGAUAUAAAAACUUCAGUCGUAUCUCUCAAGCUGAGUGACAGUUUUUCGUUACGCACUCUAUUGGCUAACCAUUUAACACCAGGUGGGUGGUGAGUGUAACCAUCAAAAGCAUUGAAUUGUGAAUCAACGUAGAGCCAACGGCGGAUCCAGGGGGGGGGGUCAUGGGGGUCAUGACCCCCCCCCUGAGCUAGUUCCAGGACUUGAACUAACUUGGACUAAUUGAAGAACAUCAUGA